UUCUCUGUAAACAUCACAGUUUAGCAUGGAGGCGUACUGUAACCACUGAGGCUAACGUGGUUAAAAUUGGAAAUGUUGCCACGCUGUUGUUUUGAAUUAUAAAUAAUUUUAUGCCAUUGAAGACACAAUGGAGAAAAAUAUACAGAAUCUGCCUAUCGACAUCCAAAACAGUAAACUUCUGGACUGGUUGGUUGACCGGAGACACUGCACAUUGAAAUGGCAAAGUGCCAUGUUAGAGAUCCGAGAGAAGAUCAACGCAGCCAUUCAAGAUAUGCCAGAGAAUGAGGAGAUUAAACAGCUUCUGUCGGGAUCCCACAUCCAUUACUUUAACUGCCUAAGGAUAGUGGAAAUUCUGAAAGGAACCGAGGCAUCCUCCAAGAACAUUUUUGGCAGAUAUUCAUCUCAGAGGAUGAAGGACUGGCAAGAAAUUGUGUCCUUGUAUGAAAAAGACAAUGCUUACUUGGCGGAAGUGGCUAGCCUGAUGGUGCGUAGUGUGAGCUAUGAGGGCCCUGCCCUGAGGAAGCAGGUGACCAAAGCCCAGCAGCUCCAGCAGGAGCUGAGCCGCCGCGAGGUGGAGUGCCAGAACUCAGCCGCCGUCAUGAGGGAGCAGUACUAUGCUGCCUGCAAGCAGUACGGCAUCACGGGGGAUAAUGUGGCCAGGGAGCUCCAGUCUCUGGUGACGGACCUGCCCACCACUCUGGGGGAAAUUGGGAAGGACGCCGCCUGUCUGGGCGAGCUCAUCCAGCUGUACACGGCCUUCGCACAGUUUGUCUCGGACUGGCAGGAGCCAGUUCUGCCCAUGCUACAGUUUAUUCAGCAGAAGGGCAACACGACAGUGUACGAGUGGAGGACGGGGAAGGAGCCAACAGUCAUCGAGAGGCCUGUGGUGGAGGAGGCUCCGCCGGACACAGUCACAGAGGAAGUGAUUGAUUGGGGUGACCUAGGUGCAGGAACAGACUCGGCCGAUGUGAACUUUGGGAUCACUGUGGAGGACGGAGUGGACUGGGGCAUCAGUCUGGAUCCUGGGGUAGAGGAAUCUGGUGCGGAUGGGAUUGACUGGGGAGAGAGUGCCGCUGUCCCUGUAGAGAUUGAAGUUGUCGACGCAGGAACAGACUGUCCAGAGGGCGUGGCGAGGGGUGAAGAUGCGUUGACUCUUCUAGAAACCCCACACACACGCAGCCAGUUCAUUGAUGAGCUGAAGGAGGUGGAGUUGUUCCUGGUCCAGCGUCUGAGCGAGAUGAGUGUGGAGGGCGACGUGGUUUCCAUGAGCCAGUUCCAGCUAGCGCCCUCGGUCAUCCAGGCGCAGACAGCGUUGCGCGUGGCGGCCAUGCUGGCCGAGGUGCGCUCUCUGGUGGAGCGCCUGACCUCGCUGCGCAUGCAGCACCUCUUCAUGAUCCAGGCCUCGCCGCGGUAUGUGGAGCGUGUGUCGGAGAUGCUGCGUCAGAAGCUGAAGCAGGCGGACAUCCUGCUGCUGAAGCGGACGAACCUGGCCGAGAAGAGGCAGGAGGCUCUGGAGGAGCAGGCCAAACUGGAGCCCCGCGUUGACCUGCUGGCGGCACGCAUCCAGGAGCUGCGCAAACUGAUUGAAGCAGACAUUUCAAAGCGCUACAAUAACAGGCCAGUUAACCUGAUGGGUGUCAAUAUUUGACCAGAGACGGUGUUAUUUCAUAUUAAUAAAUAUUUUAUUUGAUGACCAGA